GAUUAGUGGGUUACACUGUGUGUACGUGAUGGAGGACAAAGGACGGGGAGAAGGGACUCCGCACCUCCCCCCGGACGGAGAAGAAGAUGAGCAGCCCGACCCCCGGGUUAAAGAAGCUAGAUCUAAAUACCGAAUGACGUUUACUGAAGCUUCACACAAGAUGGCACUGAUUUCGAAGGACAAGAAAAAGAGCAUUCAAAAAGCACGAGAAUAUUAUGAGUUAAGGGAGGAAGCGAAAAAGGUGCAGAGCGAAUCUUUGAAGUCGGCCCGCCAGUACCAGUCAGCCAUUGGGAUUUACAGGGCUGCAAAGGAAACUGUGGCGUUAGCCGAGGAACGCUUGUUACAAGGCGGGGAGGUUCAACUUACGUCAGCAUGGCAGGAGAUGCUCAACCACGCCACAAUCAGAGUGAUGGAAGCUGAGCGGGAAAAGAGGAUGAGUGAGGAAAAACAUCUGAAAGCGACCUCUCGUUGGCGAGAUUUAGAAAACAGGAUACAAGAACUAGAGAGGAAGUUCAAACGAGCAAUUGCAAAUGCGAGAGGAUACUUCGAAAUGAAACAACAAUUAGAUCUACGAUUACAGCAACAAAAACAGAAUGUGCUCGACCUCCAGCAGGCAAUCAAGGGUUAUAAGCUGAAGUAUGCAGAGUCUCUCCGAACAUUGGAACAAAUAUCAGAGUCAAUUCACGAAUCCAGACGGCAAAAUUUAAUACUCAUGUUUCCGAGGCAACCAGGCGUUGGAGCGGAAUCUGCCAAUGUUUCUCCUUGUAUAUCUGAACUGACUCUAGAUAAAGCUGAAGGCCGACAGACAUGGAUGUCAGAUGACGAAGUAUUUGAUGAUGAUGACGACGAUGAAAGUGAUUCCUUCCAUAAAUUAUCGAUAAAUUCUGUAGAUUCCUCUGUCUCACCGGAUGUUGUCUCAGAACCCCAUUCCAAUGACAUCACCAAAACAGGAUCACAAGUGCACUCAACUGUUGAUGAUGUCAUAAGUAAGGACAGGGUUAAAAAUAGAUCAGGGAAUGUUCUUCGUAGGACAGAAGACAUGUGCAAAGCAUCAUCACUUGUCAUAAGCGGAGACGGUUGUGUGGACAGAUAUGCUAAGCAUGAAUUUGAAGGAGAAACACACAAAGAAAUCAUUGAUAAUACUACAGAAAAUAUCAGGCGUCUGGCGAUAGGUGAACGGAAUGAUACGAAACUAACACAAAGUUUUACCGACCAGGUGAAUAAAAGACUCGAGGAGGACGUGGAUCUACAAAAAAGGGUACUCAAAAUAAACAACACAUCAGACUCUCAUGAUCAUCCAAGGUCUGACUGCGGAACACCAAUGUUGGAACUUAACACGAAAUAUUUGGAAAGAAAUUUAUACAACGUUAAAGGAGAAUAAAACCACUGAAUACCUCAGUGGAGUGUUACAGAUAGGACAAACAGAUCCACUAAUCAUAAACCGGUCUAGAAAUAGUCAUGAGAAUUGAUUUACAUAAAAAAAGUGUUUUGUAACUUAAACUUAAAUGUGAAUACCAUUUAGAUCUACAUUGUCAGCUGGUUUGAUGAUGCUAGGCGUUAGACACAAUUAGAAGGCAUCACGUUAAACAGAUCAGAAAGUGAUGCCGAUCGAUUGCUAAUUAAAAAAAUGAGAGUUGAUUAUGUCUUCUUCAGUAUACAAUGUUACCAAAAAAAAAAAACUUUGCAUACAUAGUGUAAUAUGGUCUAUUAGAUGUAAGGGAAACAACUCUUACUCAAGUCUGGUGAAAUGAGUCGCGGAAUACAAGCUAGAGUCCCCUGAUACUGGUUUCGAGAGUACCCCUAGGGACUUAGGGGCGGGACCAGAAAGGGAAAAGAAGACAAUAUUUUGCUUCAAAACGCUGCUUUUUUUAAUAAUGUUUAAAUGGAUUUGAGCCAAAUUUCGUCUUAAAAAUCACAAGGUAGGGAACAAUUUCUUAAAUUUAAAAAUUGGAUUCGAGCCCUAACGACUUGGUGGUGGACCCCCAAAAGGGGAAACGAGUCAAUAUUUUGAUGCAAAACACUACCCCCUUUUAAUGCUUGAAUUGAUUUCAACCAAAUGUAUUGUGAAACAUCACAGGGAGUGGGGAAUCAUUUCUUAAAUUCAGAAAUUCUAUUCGACCCCUAAUUAAUAGGAAUGACUAUGGUCUGCUUGAAAGGCCACAGGGAUCAAAUAUGUUAAAAUCUUUAAAUGACUUCUUUUCAUCAACCGAAAGGUCAAGGAUGAUGAUAUGAGGCCUGUAGCAUGCUAGAAUGAAGGAAUACCAACUUUGUUAAUAUGAAUGGCCUUAACCCACUUUCAAGGUCACAGAUAUCCAAUAUGUUAAAGUGUUUAAAUGACUUCUUCUCAAUAACGGAAAGGUCAAGGGUCUUGAUAUUAGGUGUGUGGCUGGCUGUUUCAACAAGCAAUACGUCCGGAGUAAUGGCAAUUAUAUAGUGAAUGUAUAAAGAAUAUUAUUCCAAGUUUGCAUAAAAUGUCUUGAUGAACCAACAAUGUCUUCUAUGUAAGCUGUAGAGUAAUUGAGUAAUUUACACCAGGCCUAUUUUGCCUCUUUCAUAUAUAGGUCUUUAUAGUCAGAUGACUGUUAAGGUCCAUUGACGUCUUGUUCUUCACUUCAAAGUUUCACUUAAAAUCAAUGAACAUGAUUAUGUAAAUCGUGAAACAAAUUUAUACGGGAAAUAAAGACUGGAGAGCGAUUGGA